AUGUGGGAAGUGUUUAUUCACACUAACAGACUCUCUUUAUUCUCUCAAUUCUUUUCAUUCCCAAGGGCUUUUCGAAUAUACGUUACCACUUCCAUACCGGUAAUACCAUCCGCUCCGUGCCGCAGUCUAGAUCCAUCAGAUAUGCUGCCGGCAGAUCCCCAGCCUGGGCCCAUACUGAGGGCCGAAGAGUCUCAGAAAGCUGUAGAAACCACGAAAGAGCCGAUCUCGAGCGAAAACGAUAUGGAUGAAGUUGACCUCAAUAGCAAUGACAAUGUAGCAGGGAUUGGUGCCGAGAAUGGCAAAAUUCCGGAUGAAACAGAGACAGAACCGACUCAGACCGACGAUGAUGACAGCAAAUCACAUUCAUCAGAACAAAAUAACAAAAAGACUUUAGAAAAAACUCCAGAAGUUACAAAUCAGACAAGUGAGCAAUCAGAUCCAGUAAAGUCAGAGCAAAAUACCGUCAAUGGCUCGGCAGAUGUAGAAACCGCCACGAAAACAGAGUCAGAUACAGUGACCAACGGAGAUGUAGUUCCUCCAGAAUCUGAAUCUAAUGGUGGAACUCAAUCUGAUGGUCAGGAACAAGCAGAAGUACAAUCAGAAUCUCAUGAACAAUCUCAAAAUGAAUCCCAGAUUCAAUCUGAGGCUCAAUCGGAAGCCCAUACUCGUCAACAUUCAGUCGUGUCUAUUGCAUCUGCGACAAAUGCAGCCACUGUGGACAAUAUCAAGAUCUUCAAGAAUACGUUCGAAGAAAUUGUCAACUCCAAAGAAGCCAAGAAGAAUGCUGGCUUAAAGGAGUCUGUGCAGAAGGCAUUGGAUUCUCUCAAUAACGCCCAAUCGAGGGAUGCUCAUUUGAUCUUUGAUGCCUUGAAGGAAACGUGCGAGAAGUCUAAUAGCAACGAGUUGAAAGCCAAGGCUAUUGAUCUCUUUGCAAAAUUGUUUGAUUAUGCCCAGUUCAAUGAUGAAAACGAUAAGGCUCAUUUGACGGAAAGCUCUGUGAACGUGAUUUCGUCAUGCUUUUUGGGCGAGGGCACCGAUCCAGACGUGGAAUUACAAGUAGUUCGCGCUCUUAUGCACAGCAUAGUGUUGAUGCCGUGUCAUGGAGCUCCAUUGUUAAAGGCGGUGAGACUGAUCUACAAUGUGUUCAUCUUCUCUUUGUCCACGAGGAACCAAGCAGUGGCCCAAGGGAUCUUGAACCAAGUCAUUCGAGCCAUUUUCCAGCGAAUCACGGACUCUGGUAUCUAUAAGAAUAAGCAUAAUAGAUCUGUUUCGAAUUCCAAACUCGCAUUCAGAUCCCCUAGUAAAGACGACUUUGCUACUCCAAUUGACGACAGCAGAGAGAAACUUACGUUGAAGAAUUUGGAGAAGUUGAACGACGACGUCGAAGACAACGACAGAGUCGACGAAGCCAACAAUGCAUCCGAGCUGGAUGAAGAUUUGGUGGUUAAGGAUGCUUUUUUAAUUUUCAGAGCCAUGUGCAAGUUGUCUGUAAAGGACCUUGAUUCUGAGACUAUAGACAUGAAAUCUCACACUGUCAGAUCCAAAAUGUUGUCUUUACAUAUCAUCCACACCAUCUUGAAGGACCACAUAGAGAUAUUCUUGAGCCAUGAUGUGGUGAUAUUGUCAUCCAACUCUGCUGAGCAGACCAGACUUAUCAAUGCCGUUAGACAGUAUGUAUGUCUUUCAUUGUCGAGAAAUGCUGCCUCACCUUUAGCUCCUGUUUUUGAGAUUUCGUUAGAAAUCUUCUGGUUGAUCAUCUCCAACUUGAGAUCAGAGUUCAAACGUGAAAUUCCUGUUUUUUGGGAUGAGAUAUACUUCCCUGUUGCAGAGAUGAGAACGUCUACUCCUCAUCAAAAGCGAUAUUUAUUAUCUAUUGUUGAGAGAUUGUGCAACGAUUCCAGAUGCAUCAUUGAGUUCUAUCUCAAUUAUGACUGUGACAGCACGAUGCCUAAUAUCUGCGAGAAGACUAUUGAGCUUUUGACGAAGUUGUCGUUAGCCAUUGUAGAAGUAACUGCUCAACAAAGGCAGGCAUACCGCGAGAAUCGUAGAAUGGGCAUUUCUGUGUACAACAUCGACAAGAUUGCCAACUUGACCAGUAGCACGAUGUCAUCCAAACCUCCAGAACCAGACAUCUACAACCAUUUUCCUUUGGAGUAUGCCUUGAAGAUGACGUCUAUCAACUGUUCUGUAGCAUUUUUAAGAUCGUUGUACUCCUGGGCGCAAAAAGGAAUCAACAAUGGUACCAGUAGAACGCUUGCUUCGAGCCAGAACGGUUCACAGGCUGCCCUCAAUAGAAAGAGGUCAGGCACAGUGGACUCUGCCAACUCCACUUUGAACAACUCUAGAAACGCUUCUUUUGUAAACUCCAGCGAGCAAUACAGUGAAUCUGAUGACCCCGAACAGUUUGAAAACUUGAAGCAAAGAAAAAAGGCCUUUUUAGAAGGUAUCAGGCAAUUCAACCAGAAAGCCAAGAAGGGCAUAAAGUAUUUUCUCGAACACAAAUUUAUUGACUCGGAUAGUCCUGAAGAUAUCUCUAAGUUCUUAUUGGGAACCGAAGGCUUGGACAAGAGCGUUAUUGGCGAAUAUUUGGGAGAAGGUGACGAAAGGAAUAUCGCCAUAAUGCAUGCAUUCGUAGAACAGAUGGAAUUUUCGAACUCGGGUUUUGUAGAUGCCAUGAGGAGGUUCUUGCAAUCGUUCAGAUUGCCUGGAGAAGCACAAAAGAUCGAUAGAUUCAUGUUGAAAUUUGCCGAAAGAUAUGUGUUAGGUAAUCCAACUCUUUACGCCAACGCCGAUACUGCUUAUGUUUUGGCUUAUUCUGUCAUUUUGUUGAACACAGAUUUACAUUCUCCACAAGUGAAAGUGAGAAUGUCUGUGGAAAACUUCAUAGCCAACAAUGCUGGUAUAGACGAUGGUAAAGACUUGCCUCUGGACUACUUGGUGAAGAUUUACAACGAGAUACAGUCCAACGAGAUCAAGUUGCAGUCUGAGCAGCAUGCUGCUCUCUUAGCUGGUGAUAUCAGUAUCAGUGUGUCUACACCUUCUGUAGGUUUAUUCAGUGGUCGCGACUUGAAUCGUGAAGCCUAUAUCCACGCCUCUAAAGAGAUGUCAACCAAGACCGAGAAGUUGAUGAGAAACUUGGGUAAAAGAUUAAAGUCCGAUGACUCCAAUGGUGUCUUUUAUUCUGCAUCACAUGUAGAUCAUGUUAAGUCAAUUUUCGACACGCUCUGGAUGUCAAUUUUGGCUGGAUUAACACCUCCCUUCAAAGAAUAUGAUGAAGAGGAUGUUACUAAUGCCUGUUUAGAAGGUAUCAAGUUAUCGAUUCGAAUUGCUUGCAUGUUCGACUUGUACCACGCCAAGGAAUCCUUCAUUGGUGCACUUCUUCAGUUUGAAAAUUUGCACAACUAUCAGGAAAUGAAGGCAAAGAGUGUAGAGGCUAUCUACAUCAUGUUGGAUCUAGCUGUUACUGAAGGCAACAAACUCACAGAUUCAUGGAACCAGAUAUUAACUUCAAUUUCACAAUUGGAGAGAUUGCAAUUGAUUGCUCAGGGUGUUGACCAGGCUUCGAUUCCAGAUGUGUCUACUGCCAAACUUGUAAACCGAGGAUCUGUUGAAGCUUCUAGAGUUAGCACUAGUUUUUUUAGUCUGUUUACUACGGUGACAACUGCUUCUCAGACAGCUUCCAACAAGUUCCAUAACCAACACUUGUCUCCGUACGUUGCGCAGUUGUUAACUAAGACCGAGUUGGACGUAGCUAUAGACAAAGUGUUUACCAACAGUGUCAAUUUGACUGGUUCCAGUAUUGUAGAUUUCGUGAGUGCGUUGUCUGAAGUUGUUAAGGAAGAAAUCGAAUCUUCUGGACAAAGCAGCAACCCAAGAACCUUUGCGUUGCAGAAGGUGGUUGACAUUUGCUACUACAAUAUGAGCCGUGUUCGUUUUGAAUGGACACAAUUGUGGAACAUCAUUGGCGAAACCUUCAACGCUGUGGGCUGUCACAGUAAUCUGGCUAUUUCAUUUUUUGCUUUGGAUUCUUUGAGACAGUUGUCGAUGAGAUUUUUGGAAAUUGAAGAGUUGGCCCACUUUAAGUUCCAGAAGGAGUUCUUGAAGCCUUUCGAACAUGUCAUAAUAUACAAUGACUCGUUGGAGGUGAAGGAUAUGGUAUUGGAAUGUAUCAACAAUAUGAUUCUAGCUCGUGCCCGACAAAUCAAAUCUGGUUGGAAGACCAUCUUUGGAGUACUCACAUCAGCAGCUAAAGAAAACAAGGAGAGUUUAGUGAUGAAAUCUUACAAGAUGGCCAACUGGAUUAACAAGGAGUUCAUUGGUGAAGUCCAUGCUCAGGAUUCAUUUGCUAAUUUAGUGAUCUGUUUCACGGAAUUGGCCAAGAACGAACGCUUCCAAAGAGUGAGUUUGCUAUCACUUGAUGUUUUGCUGAAAUUGAUCAACCAGAUUGCACAAUCAAGCUUUGGUAACGACGAAUUGAAAAAGACAGAAGCCAAUGGCAAAGAAGACACCGUCAGCAAGAACGAUAGAUUGGUCAAGGUGUGGUUUCCAGUUCUCUUCGGUUUCCAUGACAUUAUCAUGACUGGAGAAGAGUUGGAAGUAAGAUCUCGGGCAUUGAAUUAUUUGUUUGAUAUUCUCAUGAGGUAUGGGGAGUACUUUGAAGAUGAGUUCUGGGACAAGAUCUGUCGUCAAUUACUUUUCCCUAUCUUCAGCGUUUUGAGUAAUCAUUGGGAAGUUAGUCUUGAAGAUUCUAACGACAAGCUUUCUGUUUGGUUAUCCACUACAUUGAUCCAGGCUUUGAAGAGUAUGAUGUCGUUGUUCACACACUAUUUUGAUCCUUUGAGCAGAAUGCUUGACGAGUACUUGAACUUGAUAAUUUCUUGUAUCUGUCAAGAAAACGACACAAUAGCCAGAAUCGGAAGAGAAUGUAUGUCGACGUUAUUGAAAGAAAACGCUACAAGAUUCACUGAUGAACAUUGGAUCCACAUUUCUGGAGCGUUUACCAACUUGUUUGAUUUGACUACAGCUAAGGAAUUGUUCACUUCCGAUCCAUUGCUUAACCGUGUGAGAUCACAAGAUCACGAGAACGGCGAUGUUGGAUCUCAAGUGGAUUUGGACGACCCACAAUCACCCAAGAAAACAUUGAUAGAUGAUGCGGAGGCCAGAUUGAAGAAAUCGAGAGAAAAAUCGUCAAUUGUCGUCAAGAGUGUUUUGCAAUUGCUUUUGAUUCAAACCUUGUCUGAAUUGUUCGAAAGUGAAAACUUCUACGAAGCUAUUCCCUACACUCAUUUGAUCAAGAUAGCGUUCCUCUUGAACUCGAGUUAUACAUUUGCUCGCACAUUCAACGACGACUAUGACUUGCGGGUUCGUUUGUGGAAUGCUGGUGUUAUCGAGAGGUUACCCAACUUGUUGAAGCAGGAGUCUUCGUCUUCUGCCGUUUUCAUUAACAUCAUGUUCAAGAUGUAUUGUGAUGAUGACAAGACAGAUGCUUCAGCAAAGAAGACAAUAAUGGAGUCGAUCAUUCCAUUGUGUAAUAUAAUUACUGAGAGAUAUGCUGAUUUUGACGAGAACAACCAACAGAGAAACAUCACCACUUGGAAGCCGGUCAUUGUUGAGAUUUUCCACGGCUACGUAGAGUUGGAUGACGAAGACUUUGUUGAACAUGCUCCUACAAUGUACAAGUUGUCGUUGAAAUUGUUUACGAAGAAUAUGACAGCAGAUUUGAGACAGCUGGUGAGGGCAUUCUUGUCGAGAGUUGGCGAUGAGUUCAUAGACAAGGUUGCUACUACCAAUUAG